AUUAGAGGGCAAAAUGGGAAGGGGGAUGACGAUUUCACGAGGAUCAAAAAUCAGAAAGCCGAUGAAAUAGAGGCACGGCGAAGGAUAAUAGAGAAAAGUGCCGAAAAGAAGCGAAGAUUACGUCAACAGCACAUUGAACGCAAAGAAGCAUUAGAAGCGGAAAAACUACAAUAUGCCAAGGCGGCUGGUGAUGUAAAAAUUCGGCAGCUUAAACGCACGCAGCGACUAGUCGAGGAGCUUGCACGUCGUAAACGUAAAAGCGCAAUUUUCCUUUAACUCGUUGUUAAAUUGUUGGUGUAUAUGCAUUCAUGGAAAAUUAGAAGCUGCAAAGAUGCACACAAUGCAUAUAAUAUGCAAACAUAUACAAAAUAUGCAAAGUACAAUACUCUCUAUAAUGUUUUAUGUUUAAUGUUUAUUAUAACUAUAACGUCUAUAUGCUUGUAAUUAUAUCCAUAAAAAUAUGAAUUUGCAUAAAUAGCCGCAGUCUAUUAAUUAUAAAUUUACUUACUGUGCACCUAUUAAUAUAAUACAGAUAUCGAACUGCAAGAGUCAUUAAAGAGUAGAAAGAUAAAAUCUGCUGUUCCAUCUGUAUGUAACGAAGCUUUGGAGAAGAAACACGUAGAGUUGAUAGAAAAGAAGACUCAGGAUGAACAGAUACAAACUUCUAAUCUGUCCAGCCCGUGGGAUGUCGAGGAAGAUUUUGAGAUAAAGCAGCGGCAGAAGAAAUUAAGUUACAAAAGAGAUCUCCAGAACCAACUCCUAGAUAAUCGACGGAAACUGCGUGAGAAAGAGGAGGAGAAGCAUCGCGAGCGAAAGAUAAUGGAAGAAGUUGGCGAGACGAUGCACCAAGAAAAUUUGAAAGCGGAGAAGAGGAAGAAAGAAAUAGCUGCUUUGAUGGAGGCUGAGAAGGAUGCUUUUUUAAAAGCUCGACGAUUUUGGAAAGAGAAGAGGAGGGAGGUUCUGAAGCAGGAACACGACGAGAUUUUGCGAAUCAUCGCUAAAAGGGAGGCUUUGCAAAAGAGGGAAGCUGAAGGAAAGGCCGACACUCAGGCAGCUAAGGACGCUAUGUUAGAAAAGAUGAUGAGUAAAUUGAUGGAGGAAGAGCAUAAACGAAUAGAACGGGAAGAAAUUUCCAGGGAAUUAUAUUUGGUAGAGAAAGAACGCAAACUGGCGGGUGAAGCGAUUAAACUGGCGAUGAAAAAGAAACGUACUGCGAGACAACAACUAGAAGAGAUGGCAAAAACUCAGAGAGCUGUGGCUGAAAGGAAGGCGAAAGAAAAUGCGAUCGACGCUGCUUUCGCCAAGUAUUUGGCAGAUGAACGAAAGAAACAGGAGGAAAAGGAAGGCCAAAAGGAGCAAGCACGACGCGAAAAAGUCGUCCAAUAUGGAAAUGAAUUGCGCGAGGCUAUAGAGCAAAAUAAAACGCAACGUUCGAAGGAUGCAGGAAAGAUAAGGCGUGAAAUUGAUAUUAACGAAACUAAGUGUCAUUCGGAAUCUAACUUGGAGGCAGUGAAAUUUCAGCAGGCAAAGAACAACGUGCUUUAAAUAGAAACACUGAAGAUGAAAUUAAAUUUUUAAUUCUACAGCUAUUUAUUGGUAUACAGAUAUAUACAAUGAUGCGCGAAAACCAUCGCUCUCGCGGUUCUUGCGGCUCUCGUCAUUUAUACAAAGUCCGUGUAAAAAUACAGCAGCCCCAUCUUAUAUUGGAUAUUAAGUACAUGAUAAAUUAACAGUCUCGCCUCGGGCGUGUCCAGUAUCGAAAAAUCGGACGGGAACAGCUAACUAACGAGUUUCGUUCUGCCGAUCGGAUUUUUCUUGGCAAUCGAGGCAAUUCUCGAGCGAUUUCUUCUACCAUUUUUACCCCUUCCAUUUGCAAUUUUUCAUUUUCGAUUUAUAACAAUUGUCAUGUAAUAUCAAAACGAUCGUUUCAAUUUCUUUCUUCCUUCUUUUUCCGUCUUUCUUUCUCUCUCUCUCUCUCUCUCUCUUUCACUCUGUGUUAAAACAUCUUCGGCGUAAGAAGGGGUUGAAGUAGCGAAACAAGUAGCACUCGAGCAUUAAGAAUAACUAUAAGUACGAAUGUUAGUUUUCUCGGUGACUGGCUAGUCGCCAUAGUCGCUUACAAACUAAUAUGAUCGGUCGAUCGUUCUCAUCUCUUCUUUAAAUGACGAGUAAAUUAACAUAUCUAUCGUUAAAACAUUAUACACUUGGAAACGGUACAGUAAUAUUCGGAAAUGAACUCGUGAAACGUAUUCCUGAGAUCGUAGAGAAAUUCUUUUCUCGGAAGAUCGUCGUUCAAUGGAUGAUCGUAAUGAUCGUAAACUUUAAAAACUGAAUACUAUUGUAAGUUGUCUAUUUGUAUUCCUUAUACGCUACGUGAAAUCCUUAUCUCCACGUAUCGAAAUUGCAUCUCGACGAAUGGUCCUGACCUACGGUUCUUUCUUCCAGCGAACUAAAGAACCUUUAUGGAGAAUUUCUUAAGUACGAAGCGAUAACGAGGGAGGGAAUUAGGCGACAUGGCCACUGGCUCAGAACCGGUCAAGUUCACGAAUUUAACACAGAUUGGUCUUAAAAGUAAAAUCACAUUUCCUUUGAUAACCCAUUUGCCUACAUCGACUCGCUACUCUUAUUUUCUCUUUCGACCGACGCGGUUUUCUACGCGUCGUUUCUUCUAACUUUUCUCUAAGAGAAACGAAGAAAGGAAGAUGGAUCCAAGAAUUUUUUAGCCAGUCGGAAACUGCAGUCGCACUAGUUGAUUCUUCUCUGUUUCGUUUAAUAAAUAGUACCGACUAUUCGAGUAAACGUUUCUGACUAAAUAAUAAUCGCUUACGAUUUACGUAAUAUUAGGCCAAUGGGUUAAUUAAAUAUUAGUCGCGUAACACAUAUUGAACGAUCGACUCUCAGAGAUUGCAGAGACUCGAUCGCAAUCCGCUUACGCCUGUUAAACGUGUAUAUAAAUUCACGUAAAAGUAAAAUCACAUAUUCUUACGAUUUAAGUACACGUACGCACGUAUGUAUACACACAAGCAGAUUUUUGUUCAUUUAUUCGCAGCAAUCGGCAAAAUACUCUACUGGUUUUAAUCAGAGGUGGGCAAACGAAGCGUGUCUCGAUGGUUCUUUCGCGUUAUAACGAUAUACACGUAUCAUUUUACGCGUAAUUCCCUCUUGUACGAUACGUUAUGGCAGUAUUUAUCGCAGCGUGUUUUACAUUAAUGAACAACGAAAAAUAGAUUUGCCCACCUCCGUCCCUUAACGCUAAUAAUAUCUCAUCAACGGUGAACAAAUCUGGUCAGAAAUUUCCUGUUGCUCUUCGUCAACGAGACCAAUCACGACGCCUUCUCUCGGCGUCUUAACGACGAUACAAGCGUUUUUUUUCUUUUUUUUUUUUAACACAUAACUCUCGCAAGUCUCUAGUACGUUUCGCGGAAGCUAUUCUUCUUGUUUCACGAAACCAUAAAUGUUACCGGAUAUUUCAAUAAUGCUUGCGAUCGAUAAGAUCUUUAUAUGGUGGGUCAAAGUAAUAGAAGCAUCGGGUAAAUGCUAGAGUAUUCUGAGAAAAACACCGUUUCUGUGGAGUGGAAUGAAUCGAAGCAAAUAACAAAUAACAUUAACAAACGUUAGAAUAAGAACAAGUAGUUUCAACGAGGGAAAUAAGAG